AUGGAGACCAUAUCCAGGAUAUCCUCGAUGCUGGAAACAGCUCGAGAGCUCACCCUGGAGGCCGCCCAGUCCGCUACGAGCAACCGAAGCUCUAAGACCGAUUAUUCCUCGCGCACCUACAGCGUCGCUCACAUCAAAAAGCUGCUGGACAGUCGCCAUGAGCGGGAGGUCCUGGAUGGAAUGCGGCGGGUUAUCUCGUUGAUGUACCGCUCCGAGCCCUCCAUGACCUUCUUUUCGGCCGUCGUCAAGAACGCCGCCAGCGCUAAUCUCGAAGUCAAGAAACUGGUCUACAUCUACCUGGUCGACCAUGCGGAAGCGGAACCAGAUCUGGCAUUGCUAUCAAUCAAUGCGAUCCAGAAAUCUCUCACAGAUUCGAACCCGCAAGUGCGGACAAUGGCAUUGCGAACCAUGUCCGGUAUCCGCGUGCCGGUUAUCAGCCAGAUCGUGUCACUGGCCAUCAAGCGCGGAUGCGGCGAUAUGAGCCCCCAUGUGCGGAAAGCAGCGGCUUUGGCCAUUCCCAAGUGCUAUCGCUUAGACCCGAACACACUGCCGCAGUUGAUCGGGUAUAUCUCAACGCUCCUUGGUGACUCCCAAUACUUCGUGGUGGGUCCGGCGGUUGCCGCAUUCUUGGAGGUUUGCCCUGAGCAAAUUGACCUUGUUCACAAGCAUUAUCGCAGCUUGGUGAAGAAGCUUGUAGAUAUGGACGAAUGGAGUCAGCUCUCAACAUUACGCCUUCUCACAUUCUAUGCUCGCCAAUGCUUCCCUCGCCGGACUCAAAAGAUCAAGCAAGCGGUCUCUAAACCAUUCUAUGAGGACGAGGAUCAGGGGCAGAACGCUCAGGAUGGUGGCGAAGAAUACGAAGUUCCAAUCCUGGAUCCAGAUCUCGAACUGCUGCUUCGAGCAUGCAAAUUGCUGUUGCAGAAUCGCAACUCGGCCGUCAUUGUCAGCGUUGUUCGCUGUUUCCUUUACUUGGCACCCCCGGAGUACCUUGCCUCGGCCAUAGGCCCUUUGGUGGCUUUGCUCCGAAGUCCUCGAGACAUGCAGCUGAUUGCUCUCUACAACAUUGUUGUGGUGGCCUUGAGAGACCCGAAACCAUUUACAAAAUAUGUCGCUCGCUUCCUCGUUCACGCCAACGACCCACCGCAUAUCUGGCGUUUGAAGUUGGAGGCCUUGACUAUUGUGUUCCCCCACUGCGGGAAACAUUGGAAGGGUGUAAUCAUCAGCGAACUGGAACAUUUCUCCAAGGGCACCGACCCCGAAUUGGUUCGAGAAAGUGUGCGAGCUAUUGGGAGAUGUGCACAGGGGGACGCCAAAACUGCCGACAUGUGCUUGCGAAUCCUGCUUGGCCAAAUCUCUAGUCUGGACGGCAACCUUGUUUCCGAGUCCUUGACCGUCAUCCGCCAUUUGAUCCAGCAGGAUCCGUCUUCCCAUAAGCAAACUGUUGUUCAACUCGUUACAUACCUUGGCACAACAACGAACCCCGACGCAAGAGCUACGAUUAUCUGGCUAGUGGGCGAGUUCGCGGGCGUGGACCCGGGAAACAAUAUUGCACCUGAUGUUCUCCGCAUACUUAUUCAAGGAUUUGCCGAUGAAACAGAAGUUGUUAAACAACAAAUUGUCCUACUUGGUGCCAAGGUUUACCUCCACCAUCUGCUACAAAACCCACCGGGGCCUUCAAAGGAGGAGCCUCCAGCAUCGCCCAGGCUUCCAGCCAACCUUGAACAGGAAAUUCACAACGAGUGGACCGAGGACCGAACCGAGGAGCAAAAAGAACCCAGUCAGGAGCCAGAAGACGAGAACAAUGAAAAAGGAAAAGACCAAGCAAAGGAAGAGGAAGAGGAAGAUCGCAUCACCCUGCUCUGGCGCUAUAUCCUCCUUCUCGCACGUUAUGACAGCUCAUACGAUCUCCGUGACCGCGCCCGUCUUUACAAAGCCCUCCUCGCCAGUCCCUCAUCCACACAACUGGCUAACCUGCUACUUCUGGCCCCCAAGCCCGUCCCUCACGCCCCGAGUCCCUCCGAAACACGCAAAGACCUCCUCAUCGGAACGGCAACCCUUGUCACCGGUCCCGAAGCGGGUUACCACGGCCUCCGCGGUUACGUCAAUAUUCCCGACUGGGUCGAGCUAGGACAGGAGCCAGACCCAAGUUCGCGCACCGAAGACGUCAAGCCCGAAUCAACCACCCUCCAGUCCUCGAUGACUGCCGGCGAACGCUUGGACCGAGCACUUCGCGAGCAUCAGACUACUGCCACGCCGCAUCGGCAUAAUGCUGCGCCUCUCUCAGGGUCAUCCAACAAGAAGAGUCUUGAUCAGUGGCUUGAUGAAGAGGAAGAAGAGACAGAAUCUGAAACGGAGUCGGAGGGUGAAACUGAUUCUGAUGAGUAUGAGACAGACUCCGAAGAGGAAGAGUCUGAUGAGGAUGAAGGGGAGGAGGAGGAGGAUGAUGAUGACGAGGAAGCUGAAACUGAUUCUGAGAGCGAGGCUGUUCACAAGGAGGCUCAGCAGCUGCUCGGUUAG